CUAUCAUUUCCACCGAAGAUUUAUUGAUGGUUUGCUUUGGGUGAUUUAGGAGAAGAGUAUCCGUGGAUUCCCGAAGGCCGAAAAGAAAGAAGACAAUGGAGUUCCCAGAAGAGGCGAAUGACGAACAGAAUGUUGAGGCGGUGGAAGUGCAAGUUUCCGCCAGUCGAUGCAUUCAGCGGUACUGGCGUUGGCUUCUCUUCAAGCGACGAAUGGCACUUUUGACAGGACCAUGAUUUCCAUUUGAUUUCAAACAGCACCACAUACGCUUUCACGUCACUUGGAGGAGCGGCUUCUGAGCAGCUUGAACGUCAUUUCGGCCAUUGACCGCUAUAUGCCCAUUCCGGAAGCCCAUCUCGCCAUAGGCUUUGCCGAGGCUCCGGUGAUUCUCGACGGAAGCCCCAGACGGAGAGGAUCCAUCCAGGGGGCGAAAACCAAACACGCUUUGGGCGCUCAUGCGUUGCCAGCUUUGCCCAAAGUUUUGUAUGGACGACAAGCUUUGCCCAAAUGGUUCUUGCAAGAGGUCCCUUUGGAGUUCGUGCCAAGGGAGGUCGAGCUGCGAUCAGUGAAAGGAUUGCAGGGUUUGCUGCUAGAAGGUUUGGGCGGCCCGGAAGCCUUCAACCACUUCGUAGAGGACAGAUCCUUCAUUCCAGUUUCUUCGCCGCUGAUGGAAAUUUUCUCCCAGUCAGCACAUCAAGCCGGUGCCCUGCAAAAGGAGCUGCAACACAUCGGCCUUGCGGAGACCACAAUCGCAGCGAGUGGUGGACGCCUCCGUUUCGCAGAGCUUCGCUAUCCCAGCCUGCGACAGGCCAAGAUAAGGGCUGUGCUGCUCUAUUUUUGCACCUUCAACUUCAAACGAAGAGCUUUUAUACCCUUGUUGCGAAGGCAACAGUUGUACGAUGUCCAGACCGCGUAUGACAUCUUGCGGCUGUGGGAGCUAUAUGGACUGGAUUGGCCAUAUCGAAACAAGGUUGGCUUCUUCCUGCUCAGACAGCAUGACCCAAAAGCUUCCGAGGUGGUCUACUUCAAUGGCAAAGCCGCACGGGACUUUCGCCUGGAAUGGCAAUCAGUCGAGGAGGAUCAAAAGCGUCCAGGGCAGAAGAGAAGCAAGGAAGAAAACAGAAAGAACGCCCUUCAGAGGUUAGCUGAGCUGAAAAAGAAGAGAAGAUAUCGGGAUUUGGAGGAGAUACAAGAAAUUCUGGUCUCAGUGUCUGUGCCACAGCUUUUGGAGGCUCUGGAGACUGGACGACUGCCAGGUGACGUUGACCUUCACAGUGUCGAGGCAUGGAUUCUAGGCAACGGUGCCAACUUUGCGCAUGACCGUGCCAGUGACCAGAAGCUCUUGGCAAAGGCAAGAAAUUGACAUGCAAAAUGGUAGCUUGUAAGCUAGGCGUUUGGAGGUAGAGGAUCAAGAGCUUGGCGCUUUGCCGCCCAACUUGUCACAAAGACACCUGCCAACUCGUUUGGUUUGCUUUGUUAGUAGCAAGGACGCUAUUAGGUGGAGGCCAUCGCAAGUAGGUUGGAGGCCAUCGCUAGGAGCAAGAAGCUACUAGUAGCUGGAAGCUACUAGGUUGGAGGCCAGCUACUAGGGGCUCCUGGCAUCGCUACUAGGAACAAGAAGCUACUAGGAACAAGUGCAUCGCUUCUAGUAACAAGUGCCUUACUAGUAGUAACAAGAAGCUAGUAGAAACUAGACGACGGUUGGCCCGAGAGCAAGACAUGUAAUUGUCCAGCACUGUCGAAAAGAUGUAUAGAAAGAGAGAAAGAGAGGGUGGAUGUGAAGGAGUGACAGUGUGAUGCGCAGGUGCGAUAUAGAUCUGUAGAUGUAUGGAGGUGGAGAGGUAGAUCUGUGGAUGUGAGCGUGCG